UGCCCAUCGCUAACUGGAAAUAAUGCCAAACAAACGCCUGGGCGGUGAAUUUUUAAAUUAAACUACAAAAAUCAAGAAAACUAAGCUAAAUUAUGGCCCAAAAGGAUAUUAAUGCUGUCCUUUUAGACUACCAUAACCGAUUAAAGAGUAUGUACGACAAGCAAAACAGCAUGGAGCUCCGAGAGUCACGUCUGACCAAGAAAGUCUCCAAAUUCCAAGGCAACUUCAUGUCUGCCAAAGAGGCUUGCAUGGCCCAGCAGCGGGACUGCAAGGUGCAGAAGGCACUCCAACAGCGUCGCCACGAGCUAGAGGAGCGAAUCUCGUUCGAGAAGCUGCUGGCCGAGGCGCUGGAGGAGACAAGGCAGCGGAAUCUAGCCUUGCGCGAAGAGCUGAAGAAGCAGACGUCGCAGAUUAGGCAGAUCAACAACGAGCUCAUGGAAUGCAUUCACACACUGAAAACGACAACGGGAACAUAUAUAAAUCAAGAAGCUUUGCCGGCACGUGUGAAAGGUGUCGUUGCACGCAGAGACUCUGAUGGCGAUCUAUGGAUACCAUUCGAUCUGGCGGCGACGGAUGCCGAAGGCUUUGAGACCCUCUUCCAGAAGCUUCAGAAUGCAAAUGUUGACAUUGAAAAGUGGCGACAACUCGUCUCGUUGGCAGCGGAUUUCUCUGCCGAGUCGAGGUCAUCCACCACCCCGCGCAAGGACGAUGCCAAGUGCAGUCCCAUAAUAGAGAUCGAUCUCACCUCGCCACCAAAUCAAGCCUAACUUCCGGACUAUUGGAUUAUUGCUCCAUCGGAACUGCACAUCAAAAUUUAAUGAUUGAGGUCAGAAUAUUAGCACAAUAAAUCCGAGUUGCAAUUUCAAUUAAUCUCCUUAAACAAUCAUUUUAAGCGUGUUGCACUAGUUUACUUAAAUGCAGUCAAAAUCAUAAAUAUGAAUUGAUAAGUAAA